CCGAUCGUUGCGAGGGCAAAGUCAGUUGAAAAGGUGUCGCGGCUCUUGAAAGUAAUGCAAUACAAAAUUUGGCAUUGGUUCGCUUGAAACUUUAAAGAUUUUUCCUGUUCCAGUCAUCGCAAUGCAAGUGAAGCUAGUGACCGUGUUCAUUCUAUUACUGAUUUCACACAUUUCGGUGGGUAUCUCGAAUCGCACCUGUAAGAUCCAUGAGAUCUGCGUUAAGGAGGAAAGAUGCCUUGAGACGGAUGACUCCGGGAGGGACGAGCUGACUCCUCGCAAGCUAGACAGUACGCUCAGAAAAAAAAAGUUCCUAAAAUUAAGGGACAGCUGUGGCUGCGGAGUCGUCUGCUGUGACAAGGAGCAGUUGGAGACUUUUGACGCCAAACAAGCUGAAGCGAAAUACAACAACUUGACCCGUGGAUAUUUUUUGAGCUUGUCGGAAAACCCCGUAGAAACCGCAGUAAAUGAGACACCGGAGUUUGCCAAAAAGGGCGAUGAGGGCUACAAAAGUUGCGGAACCCAGCGGGAAUGUGUGCCCCGCCAACUCUGCAAAAGCGGAUCAAUUAAUGCAGAUGGCAGGUACAUCGUCACCCUACGAAUCAGUAAGGACAGCAAUUCCGGAUGCGGAGUCCUAGAGGAGUGCUGUUCACUGGACGAUCAGACCAAGGAGGCUCAAGAUAGUAUGCAGCGCGACAUUGACAGCUUCCAGUUUAAGGGCUGUGGCUACAGCAAUCCACGUGGGCUCUACUACCAGCUGGAUGGCUACAAAGACGGCGAGAGCUCCUUUGCCGAAUUCCCUUGGAUGGUGGCCCUGAUAGACUUGGAGGGGAAGUACAUCUGCGGCGGUACCCUGAUCCAUCCGCAACUGGUGCUGACCAGUGCCCACAGUGUGGCCAAUUACAGUAAGGACUCGCUACUGGUUCGUGCUGGUGACUGGGACUUGAGCAGCAAGACGGAGCGGCUUCCCCACCAGGAGAGAAAGAUUAGGGAGUGGUUUCGCCACGAGGACUUUGACUUGGCAGCUGUUUACAACGACAUAGCAUUGGUGGUACUGGAGCGGCCGUUUGAGUUGGCGCCGCACAUCCAGCCCAUCUGCCUGCCGCCGGCGGAGACUCCUAAGUUGCAGGAGCAGCUGCAGAAUGCCCAUUGCGUGGCCACCGGAUGGGGGCUUAAAACCAGCACAUCACUCAACCCGGAGCACCUGCUGAAGCGCAUUGAGCUGCCGGUGCUGGACCACGAGUACUGCCAAAGUUUGUUGCGUCGCACAAUUCUGGGGCUUCGAUUCCGUCUUCAUGCGAGCUUCCUUUGCGCCGGCGGGGUGGAGGGCAAGGAUACCUGCAGGGGCGACGGCGGUUCACCCUUGUUCUGCACGAUGCCCGGCGAACGGGAUCGAUACCAGCUGGUGGGCAUCGUGUCCUGGGGCAUCAAAUGCGCCGUUAAGGAUGUGCCCGCGGCCUACGCGAAUGUGGCCUACCUGAGGAACUGGAUAGAUGAGCAGGUGGUCAACCACUGGAUAUUUCCAAUCCAAGCAGCAACAAGUUAGCUUAAAAUAAAUCACAAUUUGAAUAAUCCAAACAGAUUUAAGAACUUUUUAGUUUUUGUGACCUUAAUAAAAUUAGACACCCGUUACUUAACUCAUUUUAAAAAUA